AUUCCAUGGAAUCAGGUUAAAUUUAGGGAUUGCAGGAGGUUUUCAAACAGCACACAGCAUGUAUCUUUCUGUCUAAUGGAAAUCUAUGGCAGUGAAGAAGCAAUGUUCCUUUAGAGCAGCAUAGAACUUGCUGAUAUUUAAUUACCUUAGCUCUAGAAAAAGGAUAUCAUGUAAGGAAGACUGGGUGGAGGAAAAGCAGCACCAGCCUCUGUACUGCUUUAUGCUAUGCGUUUAAUUCUCAGCGGCGGCAGGAACACAUCACAGGAGAAGAAGGGAUCUCAGCAGAGUUCUGUUGUCAGUCCGAUCACCCCUGAAACACAAUGUAAACUACCAGAGGAAGAAAGAAGGCUGUUUCUAGUGCAGGUUAUCUCAUGAAGCUACUUCAGAGCUGCAAAAAAACCCUGAAACACGAUUGAUUUCCUGUAGAAAUUCUGCAACGUUCAAAGCAAAAUAACCCUCCCCCCUUGACAGACAGGCCACAGAACCGACGCGCCAGGCGGUCGGUGAGCAUCGCUCUCCUCUCCCAGCCGUGCGGGCAGUGCACGGAGCCGCCGGGGCCCCGCAGCAUGGACCCGGGCGGGGCGGGGGGUCCGAGCUCCGCCUGAUUGGCCGCAGCGCGGUGCCCGGGGCCGGUGCCGCGGCGGGAGGCGGCCGGAGGCGGUCCGCAGGAUGGGCACCAGAGCCGGCUUCUUCGAGGUGGAAAUCCUUGACUGGAAGACAAAGGAACAGCUAUGCUUCCUAGAUAAGGUGGAACCAAAUGCCACAAUUAGGGAAAUCAGAUUGAUGUUCCAUAAAUUAUAUCCUCAGUGGUAUCCAGCAAGGCAGUCGAUAAAACUUGAUCCAAAAGGAAAGUCCCUGAGGGAUGAGGAAACCUUGCAGCAGCUCCCUGUUGGCACAACUGCUACCUUAUACUUUAAAGAUUUAGGGCCACAGAUAGGAUGGACUACGGUAUUUUUGAUAGAAUAUACAGGUCCAUUGUUCAUCUAUUUUCUGUUUUAUUUCCGCAUGCCUUUUGUCUAUGGACUGGAUGAGAGGUUUACAUCAAGUCCGCAUCCAGUAGUUAACUUGGCAUGUAUCUGCCAUUCUUUCCACUACAUCAAAAGGUUGAUUGAAACAGUAUUUGUUCAUCGGUUCUCCCAUGGAACUAUGCCACUGAGGAAUAUUGUGAAGAACUGCUUGUAUUACUGGGGAUUUGCAGCUUGGCUUGCUUAUUACAUCAAUCAUCCUCUUUACACUCCUCCUUCUUAUGGGAAAAAACAGAUAAAUUUUGCUGUGAUCAUGUUUCUGCUGUGUGAAGCUGGAAAUUUUUCCAUUCAUGUUGCACUCAGUGACCUUCAGAGAAAUGGAUCCAAAACCCGUAAGAUCCCAUAUCCAACAAGGAAUCCUUUCACAUGGCUGUUUUUCUUUGUAUCUUGCCCUAACUAUACAUAUGAGGUGGGGACCUGGAUCAGUUUCACUAUCAUGACUCAGUGUGUUCCAGUGGGGCUGUUCACUUUGCUUUGCUUCAUUCAGAUGACAGUCUGGGCAAAGGAUAAACACUGCACCUACCUGCGAGAAUUCAAGGAUUAUCCAAGUCUUCGAAUGCCAAUUAUUCCCUUUUUGUUGUAAGAAAAAAGGUUUCCUUUGAAUAUUGCACAGAACUUCAAGAAGAAAAAGCUUAUAAACCUCCUGCCAAAUAAGUGAAUAAAUGUAAAGGGUUUUGAUGCAUGUUGAAUCUCCACUGCUGAGGGAAACUGUAUGCACUUGAAAGCUACACUUCUUUACGUUCAAGAAUUCUCAACUCAGAAGCACCUUCUAGAAAUAAGGCUUCACUGCACAGCUGGCAGUCAAAAGCCCCUAGAGUUCACUGUAACCUGACUGACUUAGAUUCUCAUGUACAAGUCUAUUUAGAUUGAUGGAUCAGAGAUACUGAGAAGUCUGUGCUGAAAAGCAGCUCCAAAUUUAGCAGUGGCAUUCUGCAAGACGCAAGUACAUUGGAACGAGGACAUACCAGCUAACUACUGGAGAGCUCAGUUCAGCCAGCCUGAAUACAGUUGCAUGAUCUGCCCUCUUUGACUUGAAAAAGAGUGUGCUGCCUGGAGGCAGGUGCUUUGUAACUCAUAACACUACCAAAGAAUAUGAAUGGUUUUCUGGAAUAAAGAAAUAGGCAAUAUCUGAAAUACCUGAUUUGGGUCUAACCCCUAAUUUGCCAAAAGAAUGUCAAGUGAGAAGCAAUUCGUAGUAUUUGAGGAUGUAACACCCUGUGUUGAUGGUGUUGGUGGGGUUUCUCUUUGGUUGGUUUCAGUCUUCUUCAU